CGAUCGAAUGUGUCGGUCUCGGCAAGUCACAUUUCUUCCAUCCAUAUCCACACCGCCGACGGCCGACCCUGAAGGCUAGCUCCAAACUAAAGCUAGCGCUAGCGCGCACCGACCAGUGAGGAAUGGAGCGCGUGUCGUCGUCAUGGCUGCUGCCGCUGGUGCUGCUUCUCGCGGCCGCGGCCGGGGCGCGCGCGGCGCCCCAGGUGCCGUGCUACUUCGUGUUUGGGGACUCGCUCGUCGACAACGGGAACAACAACGACAUCGCGUCGCUGGCGCGGGCCAACUACCCGCCCUACGGCAUCGACUUCCCCGGCGGGGCCACCGGGCGGUUCAGCAACGGCCUCACCACUGUCGACGCCAUCUCUCGGCUUCUGGGAUUCGACGACUACAUCCCUGCGUACGCGGGCGCAAACAACGAUCAGCUCCUCACCGGCGUCAACUUUGCAUCCGCUGCAGCCGGAAUCAGGGACGAGACCGGCCAGCAACUGGGUCAGCGGAUCAGCUUCGGCGGGCAGCUUCAGAACUACCAGGCGGCCGUGCAGCAGCUGGUGAGCAUCCUCGGCGACGAGGACUCCGCGGCGAACCACCUGAGCCAGUGCAUCUUCACCGUCGGCAUGGGCAGCAAUGACUACCUCAACAACUACUUCAUGCCCGCCGUCUACUCCUCCAGCCGGCAGUACACCCCGGAGCAGUACGCCGACGUGCUCAUCAACCAGUACUCGCAGCAGCUCACGACACUGUAUAACAAUGGAGCCAGGAAGGUGGCGCUGAUGGGCGUGGGGCAGGUCGGGUGCAGCCCGAACGAGCUGGCGCAGCAGAGCGACAACGGGGUCACCUGCGUCGACCGGAUCAACAGCGCCAUCGAGAUCUUCAACCAGAAGCUGGUCGACCUCGUGAACCAGUUCAACGGGCAGCCGGGGGCGCACUUCACCUACAUCAACGCCUACGGGAUCUUCCAGGACAUCCUGAGAGCGCCAGGGGCCCACGGUUUGACGGUGACGAACAAGGGGUGCUGUGGGGUGGGGAGGAACAACGGGCAGGUGACGUGCCUGCCGUUCCAGACGCCGUGCGCGAACAGGGACCAGUACCUCUUCUGGGACGCCUUCCAUCCGACGGAGGCCGCCAACAUCCUCGUGGGACGGAGGGCGUACAGCGCCGCGCUGCCGUCCGACGUCCACCCCGUGGACUUGCGCACGCUUGCUCAACUCUAGUUUUACGUACACCCGAUUCAAACGACGAUGGAUUGAUGAAGAUCAUGAAUCAAAAGACCAAAACUUUUAUAUAUAUAUUUGUGUGUAUGCUUUUGUUUGCUUUAUUCUCUUGUGAUUGCGGAGUAAUAAGUGGGAAGGCACAUGUUUUGAUAGAAUAUAUGAAAAGCAUACAUGCUGUUUUCAACUCCA